AUGAGGACGGCUGCUCUCGUAUUGGCCUUGCCGGCGCUGGUCAGCGCCGUCAAGUGCAAGCCCUACGUCGAAUCCGAGAAGCUCCAGGAGCUCAUCAAGAUCGAAGACCUGCUCGCCGGCUCCCAGAAACUUCAAGACAUUGCGGACGCGCACGAGGGCAACCGCGCCUUUGGUGGCGGCGGUCACAAUGCCACGGUGGACUGGCUGGUCGAAGAGCUCGAGAAGCUCGACUACUACGACGUCUACAAGCAGCCCUUCACCGAGGCCUUUGCCGGCGCCAAGGCAACCUUCUCUGUCGGAGGCAACACCAUCGAUGCCCGGCCCCUGACCUACACCCCUGGCGGCGUCCUGACCGGCGCGACCUUGGUCAAAGUUGUCAACCUGGGCUGUGAGGCGUCGGAUUUCCCUGCCGAGGUCUCUGGCGCUGUUGCGCUCGUGUCGAGAGGCACUUGCAACUUUUCGGUGAAGGCCACCCUCGCCAAGGCUGCUGGCGCGAUUGCAGCCAUCAUUUACAACAAUGACGUCGGCGCGCUUUCUGGAACUUUGGGCGCGGCCUCGGAUGGAUAUGUCCCAACUGUGGGCAUUACGCGAGAGGAAGGACAAGCCCUUGUUGCUUCUCUUGCCGCUGGUGAAGAGCUUACUCUCGAUCUCAACGUUGUUUCAAUCAUUGAAAAUCGCGUAAACUACAACGUCAUCGCAGAGACGAGGGGCGGAGACCACGACAAUGUCCUCAUGAUUGGAGGCCACUCUGACUCUGUUUUUGCCGGCCCUGGUAUCAACGACGACGGCUCCGGUACCGUUGGUGUUCUCACUGUCGCCAAAGCCCUCACCCAGUUCACUACCAAGAACGCCGUUCGACUUGGAUUCUGGGGUGCGGAGGAGUACGGCAAGCUUGGCUCCUACUUUUACGUCAAGUCUCUCAACAGCUCCGAGGAAGAAAUCUCCAAGAUCCGCGCGUACCUCAACUUUGACAUGAUUGCCAGCCCCAACCCCAAGCUCGCCAUCUACGACGGUGAUGGCAGCGCCUUUAACUUCGCUGGCCCUGCCGGAUCCGACGUCAUCGAGAAGGACUUUGAGGAGUUCUUCGAGUCCAAGGGUCUGGGACACGUCCCCACCGAGUUCAACGGCCGCUCCGACUACGCCGGGUUCAUCGAGAACGGCAUCCCGUCUGGUGGAUUGUUCACCGGUGCCGAGGGCCUCAAGACGGAAGCCGAGGCUGCCUUAUUCGGUGGUGAGGUCGGUGUUGCCUACGACGUCAAUUACCACCUGGUUGGCGACGACAUCACCAACCUGGACAACGACGCGUACCUCGUCAACACCAAGGCGAUUGCUCACAGUGUCGCAAAGUACGCCAUAAGCUGGGAGUCUCUCCCUGCUGUCGAGCUGAAGAAGCGCAGAUGGGCUGCAGACACGGCCCAGUACCUCAAGCGCGCUGCUGAGUUGACUGGUCACUCCCACGACGGACCCUGUGGUGGCGGCUCGCACUUCUGA